GUGAAGAUGACCGAAAACGGUACUCUACCGGGGCGUUAUUCAAUAGCGAAAGUGAAAGUAGCACGUGAUAACAACAAGAUUCGUUUCACUGGACAAUAGAUGAUAUGAAGUGUUAUCUUCUGUUUAUCGCAGCAACUUUGGCAACAUGUCAAGGCCUACCAGUGUUGGAUACUUCUCUUCGUUGGAUACAGUCAAGUACUUUAAAAGACAUUGAGUCCCAUCAGAGUGAUGCUGAAAAAAUCAUCAAUCAUGCCUUAUAUGGACCGGCUCAAAACCAGUCCUACAACAGACUGGCUGAGUUCACAGACACAUUUGGAUCUCGCAUUGCAGGAUCUCAGAACCUGGAAAAUGCCAUUGAUUACAUGGUUACCAAACUGAAGGAGGAUGGUUUGGACAAUGUUCACACAGAGGCUGCUCAGGUUCCUCACUGGGUACGAGGCAAUGAGUCUGCCGUGAUGAUCUCACCCCGGUACCACCCUAUGGCAAUGCUCGGGCUGGGCAGCAGUAUAGGAACUCCCUCUGAAGGAGUCACAGCUGAUGUUCUGGUGGUGACCUCUUUUGAUGAUCUCAAGGCUAAGGCCAGCAAGGCGAAAGGAAAAAUUAUAGUAUACAAUCAGCAGUAUGUCAGUUAUGGUAAAACUGUUCAGUACAGAGCCCUUGGAGCCCGAGAGGCAGCAAAGGUCGGGGGAGUGGCCUCCCUUAUCAGGAGUGUGACCCCCUUCUCCAUCUACUCCCCCCACACUGGAUGGCAGGAUUACGAUGACAACGUUACAAAAAUUCCCACAGCCUGUAUCACUAUAGAAGAUGCUGAAAUGAUGCAACGCAUGCAGGAAAGAGGAGUCAAAAUACGAGUGACACUGAAAAUGGAAGCCAAGAAUCUUCCUCCUGUUAUGUCAAGGAACACUGUGGCAGAAAUCAAGGGAUCCAAAUACCCAGAACAGGUGGUACUGGUGAGUGGACACCUUGACAGCUGGGAUGUAGGUCAAGGUGCUAUGGAUGAUGGAGGGGGAGCAUUUAUUUCUUGGCAGGCCUUAUCCAUUAUAAGACAGCUGGGACUGCAACCAAAGAGAACCAUUAGAAUGGUCCUAUGGACAGCUGAGGAAGAAGGAGGCUUUGGUUCUCAACAAUAUUAUGAAAAGCACAAGAAAAAUAUUGAUAAUUUUGACCUUGUAAUGGAGUCUGAUGAUGGUACAUUCAUGCCCCUUGGUUUCCAAUUUGCAGGCAAUUCUGCUGCAAGAACCAUCAUGCAAAAGGUUCUAGAACCCAUUCAGAAGGUGCAAUCCAUUCCCCUGCUUUCAGGAGGGCAAGGGGAGGACAUUGAUGAAUGGAUCAGUGCUGGGGUUCCAGGGGGUAGCAUUGCAACAGACCAAAACAAGUACUUCAAGUUUCACCAUACCAAUGCUGACACAAUGACCGUACAGGACCCAACAGAAAUGAACAUCUGCACUGCUCUAUGGACAGUUGUAGCUUAUACUGUAGCAGAUAUGGAAGACAUGUUGCCUCGGUGAUAAAAAAAUUUAGAUAUUUUAUAAACUGAACUUUCCCACCUGCAUAUUUUGGACACUGUAUAUUUAAGAUUUAUUGUUAAAAUUACUGUUUACAUUAGUAUACAAGUUUUUAAACUGUUUGGUUCUUAUCUCAUAUUGAUAUCAAAAAUACCUGGUAACUACAACCAAUUCCCCUUUAGGCAAUAUAUCCUUGUGUGCCCAUAUUUCGACAGUCUUAAUCUAUAGGUCCUCUUUUUAGAUAAAAUGAGCAAUAAUUUUGAAAGCUAAGACAUUUAUCAUGAAUAUCAAUCAUAGCUUGCUGUGUUAACAUAAUUUGAUUAACCUUUUUACAUUUUGUUAUUUCAAUAUACAAAGUAUAAAUUCAUCAACAAAAUUACGGGGGCCGCAAUUACUGGGUCCUAAAUUCGGCGAUUGCUCUACAUUGUCUUGUCAGUUAAAUUUAUCCUCACAACAUUACUUGUUUUUCAUUAAUGAAUCUUCGGUCCUUGCAGACGAUACACCAUGUGUUUCGUCAUAGUGUUUAUUUUUUUAUGUUACCAUGAUUCAAAUUCAGGGUAAUGGUGGAUUAACAAAAUUUGCUGUUCUUUGUGAGGAAAAAUUCAUAGAUUAAUUUCUUACUUGUUUGAAGUGCAUUUUGAUAAAUACUAGGCCAGUUGAUUGCUAGUCUAUCAUAGCAUCAUAUGCAUACAAAAUUUCUCUUAUUCCUGCGAAAACGAGCGAGAUGUAAACAAAAGAUAAUCACCGUCGAAAUUUGGACCCUGUUGAUUUUAGGACCUUCGACCAUACUAUUGAUAUUCUAACGUACUUAAACACAUCAUAUUGAUGUCAAAAUAGAUACAACUUAUUCCCCUUUAAAUGAAUUAUACCAUAGAUAUUUGUAGGUCAACACAUGCCAGUAGUUUAUUUGUACAGAUACUGUAAUUUCUUUUAUUGAUAAAUGGCUGUGCAUAGAGCCAGUGUGAGCAUAUGUAAAAACUUAUCUAUAAUUUAUUUACUCUCAAUCUGAUGGAACUAAGAAUUGGGACAUAGCAUCACCCAGUCCUCUCUUCACUUUGGAA